CGGACGGCUUGUUGGGUGUGCUCUUGUGUGCUUGGAUUUUGGGGGAAAAAGUGACCGGAAAAAGGUGUUGGACAACGAAAUCGCGUUGCAAUCAAAGCGUGACGGUAAUAUUCACCGAUCUAUCUAGUACGUUGGUAGCGUAUUUGCGAAAAAGAAGCUGUUUCGGGCGAUGCCAAAAUGGAUCCCUUCACGCAGAACAUACUAGAGCGAGCCGAAAAACGGGCAGCGGCACUGGGAAUUGCAAACACCUCCAAGUUCCCGCUUUCCGAGUUCAACUACGAGGCCGAGAAGCCAGCGCCGAGUGCGGCGGCGUCACCGAAGAAAAAGGCACCGUCCCGGAAGCACUCCGCUCCGAAAGCCCCUGUGGCGACGACGGUAUCGAGCCGCACGGUUGAGGUCGACGGUGAUCGUGCCACUACGCUCAACAUCGGAGGGGGCGAUCCGGAGGAUUGUGAUGUGGCGCUAGAAAUCAACAUCAUGACCAGCUCGAACCUGAAGGUCGAUCUCGGUGUCCGGGAGAUGGAAGCGAACGGAGGGGUGAAAAACUCGUACGUAGUGCGGUCGAUCGAGCCACAGCAGGAGCAGAAUGAAGCCGAGAAGGAGAACGCCGAGGUGAAGAACCUGAUCCGGGAUCAGUCGCGGAACCAGCUGCAACGGCUCGGUACGCUGUACUCGGACACGCAGGACCUUUCCUCGCCGGUUCACCGUACCGAAGGACGCUUUCAUGAGGAUGUGAAGGAAGGCAGUAAACCGAAAUCGAAGCUGGCCAAGUUGGCCAUGCUAGCCGAUUCCAUCAACAACUGGGAAGAUGAUACAUCCCACCCGGACAUUAAGCAUCAUCGGGAGACGAUCGUACCGGGUAGAGAAAAGUCUCCGCAUCAUCAGCAGAGCCCUAAGCGAACGGUGGGAGGAACCGCCACCGGUGCAGGUACGGGUGCAACGCCCAAGAAAUACGCCGCACCAAAUCCUCCGAAAUCGAUCCUGAGCCCUCAGAAGAAGGAAUCUGACCGUACUGCUCGAACGAGCGGAACUGGUAAACCGAUGCAGCAGCAGAAAUCGCUGAAAUGGGACGAACGUGUAAUGGACGAUCUGGAGUUGCAAGGUUUCCAGCGUCGAGAAUCGACCGCCACGAAGAUGGUGUAUGAUUACAACAAGGCCACCGAGUCGAAUGGUGACAAGCAAAAGCCGGAUAACUAUCGAGCUGCACAGGUAGCUCGGCCGAAUGCGACCAGUGCGGCUGGCACGUAUUCCGAUUCCCGGGAGCGUACAGUUACGAAAGCGAAUCCUGAACCGUCGACGAGCAAGCCAUCGCAGAAGGCUCCAUCAGCUCCGACUGGUUCGCAGAAAGGAGGAGGCAUUGUGUCCGGGCGUGCGGCAAUGUUUGAAAAAUCUGCCGGUCGGAGGCAGUCCAUUUUGAAAAAUGGUCAGAAAGAUCCGGCCGAAAUGUCACUGAAGGAACGCAUGGCCAUCUUUGAGAAGAAUAAGGGGACGGCACUGGUACCGAAAGCGGCAUUCGGCAUUAGUCCUUCGAUUAGACAGAUCACCGGUCAAAAAGACGCCGGCAAAGCGUUCUCGUGCUCGGCCAUUCAAGGAUCGGGCUUUGGUAGCAUCGCUGCCCAGCAGCAACCUCGGGCACCACCAUCGCCUCAACGAAACGUGCCCGCCCCGAAGCAAGUGGCGGCUGCGCAAACCAAAGCCGAAACCAUGGCCAGUGGAUCGGCCAUCCGCAAUACGGUAGCGGCACUCAUGUCGAAUGCCAGCACUAUUUCGGAGUCCCAAAUUGCAGAAGAAAUUCGUCGUCAGCGGCAGCAGGAGAUGGAUUUGCUGCUGAAUCGAUUCAGCAAACCCGUGGACAUGUCAUCGGACACGGCUGCCGCGUACGAUUCCCGUCCGAUUCCGUCGGCACCUCCGAUGCCACCGGAGGGCUAUCUCACGGCCAGUGGCCAGAAGAAAAAAUCGCACGGUGGCGAAACGAACCAACCAGGGGCCGUCAAACGGCGUAGUGACGGAACAAGCGACAGUCCAGGAGUAAUGGCCGCGCUAGAUGAUGUAAAGCGCAUUCGAGUGACGGGCACUUCAAAGGAUGGUCGUAUGUAUCCCGCACUUAGCGACAUUGAAACAACGGCCACCGAGUCGGGCGAUGAGGGACAUCAAGAGGAAGAGGAGGACGUUGGUGGCACUGCUGAUGGCUACACCACGGCCACUGUCUCGGGCUCCGAGUCGUCUGAUCGUGCCUUCCGAACAUGCUACGGAAGUGACCUGCAGCAGCAGCAGCAGCAUAGCGAUGAAGAGGAGUAUGACGAGGAUGACGACGAUCGUGGACACGAGGAUAACAGAUACGAGGUCGAUGAGGAUGACGACAGCUUCAUGUACUCGGACGAUGAUGCCAACAUAGCGAACGUUAGCCUCGGACGGGAAAUUUUGCAAGCGGUGGAACUGAACGGCCGGAAACAGUCCUCCAGCAACCAGCAGCAUGGCCGCGGUCAUCGCCAAAGCCAAGGUGGCAAGCAAAGGCAGUGCUCUCGAGUGCACGAUCUGUCUAACUGUAGCGAUAGAACGGUUAGCGAUAGCUCGGGUGUGUUGGAAGACAGCGAUCUGCUCAACGCCUGCUUCGAGGAAGCGUUCGGUCAGGAGGGUGACGAAGACAGUGAAGCACAUGAUACACCACGUAAAUCCUCGGUGGCUUCGAACAGCUUUUCUUACCAGAAAAAUCCAUCCCACGCUAAUGAACGGUGUGGUGCGAUCGAGGAGGAGGACCGUGCCCGAGGUUCAGAAAAACGAAAAUCCAAAACGCCCCGUAAAAGCGUCGGUAUGAGUAAUGGCACCGUAGAUUACAGUACCCCGGUUCGAUCGGAACUGCAGGUGAAACCUUCGGGAGACGAUAAUAUCGUUACGUUGGUGCACACCGUUAGCUUCUAUCGUCGGCAACAGCAACAGAAUGCGAGCGCCGUUACGCCCCGUCGAGUGCCGCGCACUCCAAUGGGUGGCGUUGGUGGGUCGAAACAGCAGCAUGGCCGUGAUGAUGAAGCGGGUCAACCGAGGGUCGAUUCUACGUCCCGCGACGAUGACGAUUCGGGUGAGGAGAGUGUCUCGAGUACGGUUGAAUCGACCAGCACCAGUGGCACGACCGAGGAGGGCGAAUUUUUGGUCCAGGAAAAGAUCAAAAAGCUGCUGGACGAGGUGUGCAAACAGCAGACCAUCAUUGCGCAGGCGAGCCAGGCUCUCAAUCUUUGCGCUGCCACGAUCGAGUUUUCCGGUUCCACCGAAUCGGCCGAAGGCGAACGACAUCUUCUCGUUGCGACUCACCGUCGGCAGGCUAUUUUGGAUGAAGUACAGCGACUCCGAGUGGAAGGAUGUUUGCGACCACCAGGGGCCCCUACGGAGAAGGGACGCCUUACGGUGAAGGACAUCACGUUGCCACUCAAGCAGGAGUACAUGCGCAAGCUGGCGGCCGAUCAAAUCAGUGGCCACAAUCUGGUGUGUCUGCUGAAGUACAAUGAAACCGUGCUGGCCACACAAACCGUACCGACGCUACCCGGUCUGCUGUCGGUUCGGUUUCCCGAUGUGCUGCAGUUGAGCAAUGUGUUUGCUGAUUUUAAGAUAACGAUGGAGAUCUACGGUAUGCCGGCAGCGCGCGAGGUGCUUCCGCACGAGAUCAAGUAUCACAUUGCGAUGGGCGGGAACAAGAAGAAGGGUGGCUCUGGUUCCAGCAAGCUACUGCUCCACACACCGAAGGGCAUGAAGAGCAAUUCACGACUCGUGAUGCCACCGGUUCAAUCACCGGCCGGUCCACAAGCGGUCCGGUCACCGUCGCUGACUAUGUAUGGGUUUAUUAUUUUUUCGCUAAAAGAAAUCCAGCGCACGAGCUGGACGCUCAACCCGAUCGCUGGCUGUGCCAGCCCACUCGAGGGCAUUGUCAACAUGCGCGUCAACUGUGAGUUGGCCGUCACGGUCGACUACAGUGGGUUCCUGACGAUGUACGAAGAUGUUUCGGGGCUGGGUGCGUGGCAUCGACGGUGGUGCCGGCUACAGCGUCACACGAUCAACUUCUGGAAGUAUCCCGAUGAUGAGCGCCGGAAGGCACCGAUCGGUAGCAUUGAUCUGCAGGGCUGUUCGACCGAGCGGCGCAUUACCGUUGCACCGCGUGACGUUUGUUCGCGACUGAACACGCUGAUGCUAGAGUUUCCGCGACCGGCGCGCGAUGACGAUGUGGAAUCGCUAAAAAUUGUGCGACGUGGCAAGACGACGAUCGAAAGGUAUCUUCUGUCUGCUGAUUCAAAGGAGGAGCGUGAUGAAUGGUGUGCCCAUCUGAACAAGACACUCGCUCUCUUGAAAGCCUGGGGCUCCAACAGUGCUUCGACUAGUUAGAGGAUUGGACCCAGGCUAGGCACAUAGGGCAAACGAGUGUUUACGCAUACUUAAUAGGACUUAAUUUUAGAAUUGCUUUUGCUAGAUGUGCUAGAUUUGAUUUGUUUUUUUUUUUACGGCGCAUUUGUGUAUUUGACUAGCUUAUAAAAAGAUGCUUUUAGUCACUUUAUUUAAAUAGUUGCUUCGGUAAGAUUCUGCUUUUUCUAUGGGCUGAGAAGCGUGCAGAAUCGAGGUUGGCCUCCAGAAAUUAAACAGGUGCCAUCCAAUAGUGGACACUUUUGAUGCUUUCAAUGAGAUGAAAACUAAAAGCGUUUGAAUUCAGCCCAAGUUAAAAAAAAAGUAUUCGUUUCUUCGUAUUAAAAUGGCCAUGGUGUGUCGUUCCCUGGGCGAUGAUCUGCGUUCGGUCGCAUCCAUUUCAAUUGAUGAAUGUGUCAUCCAGAUGUAACUAACGAA